UCUCCCGUUCUUAUCUUCUUCUCUCUCCUCCGCCCGCAAAGGAAAAGUGGAGGGGAAAAAGGCAAGGGCGCAAGGCAUGGCGGCACCCCAGCCCAGCCAAGCCGAAAGCCCCCCCACCCCUCGUCCGUUUUAAAACCGCAGCCGCUCCUUCCCACUCCCCCUCUCCCCCCACCCACCCCCGAAACCGCAAGAGCCACACGCCCCGCGCACCCACCAACCCAAAGGGCAAAGGGGAGGAGGAACAGCCGCCGCCGCCGCCGCCGCGCGCGGAGUCACACCACCACUCCACUAGCGAGCGGGAGGGAGGGAGGCAGAGGGAGAGGGGGGAGGCGUCGUCUCGGUGGCGGAGAUGGCUGCGGGAGCGGGGACGCGGGAGGAGAUGGUGUACAUGGCGAAGCUGGCGGAGCAGGCGGAGCGGUACGAGGAGAUGGUGGAGUUCAUGGAGAAGGUCGUCGCGGCGGCGGGCGCCGGGGAGCUCACCGUCGAGGAGCGCAACCUGCUGUCGGUCGCCUACAAGAACGUCAUCGGCGCGCGCCGCGCGUCGUGGCGCAUCGUCUCCUCCAUCGAGCAGAAGGAGGAGGCCCGCGGCGCCGCGGGCCACGCCGCCGCCGCCAGGGGCUACCGCGGCCGCGUCGAGGCCGAGCUCUCCAGCAUCUGCGCGGGGAUCCUGCGCCUCCUCGACGACCGCCUCGUCCCCGCCUCCGCCGCCGUCGACGCCAAGGUCUUCUACCUCAAGAUGAAGGGCGACUACCACCGCUACCUCGCCGAGUUCAAGACCGGCGCCGAGCGCAAGGACGCCGCCGACUCCACCCUCGCCGCCUACCAGGCCGCCCAGGACAUAGCCAUGAAGGAGCUGCCGUCCACGCACCCCAUCAGGCUCGGCCUCGCGCUCAACUUCUCCGUCUUCUACUACGAGAUCCUCAACUCGCCGGACCGCGCGUGCUCGCUCGCCAAGCAGGCCUUCGAUGAAGCCAUUUCAGAACUGGACACUCUUGGGGAGGAGUCCUACAAGGAUAGCACCCUGAUCAUGCAGCUUCUUCGUGACAACCUCACCUUGUGGACUUCUGACAUGCAGGAUGAUGCUGGUGAUGAAAUGAGGGAUGCCAGCAAGCCUGAGGAUGAGCAGUAGCCAUCAAUCCAAGUGACUGCCAUCUCUAUCCCUUAACCCUUUGGGUAGUCGUGAUGCUUGUACAAGGACCAUUUUCGUGUGUCCUUUAUCAUCGGUCUGCUUACCUUUCGUUUUGUUAUAUUGCUAUAUUGUGUUAUCCACGUAUUGUUUUACUUUCCUACUGGAACCUGUUAGUGUGUGGGAGAGAAUAACCUAAGCCUGCCUUUAACUAGUACAAGGAUUGUCAACUCUUUUGUACUAUGAUUGAAUGGUUAUGCAUGUUCCAUAUAUAUCCAGCAAAUCUUAAUGA